AAUGUUCCAAUUUUCACUUCCGCAAGUUGUGCAGCACAAUUGCACAAACACAUUCAUCAUUUAACAUUUAAUUAAUUUAGAACUUUAAUUCCAUUAACUUUACUUGCAAACUUCAAUUCCACGCAAUUCUCAGUUAUUGUAAGCCAUAGUAAACUUAGAGGUCCUUAUGUCCCCACGAAAUUAACAGGGCGAUCAUAUCAUGCCUGAUUCAAUUUGCUUGCUGUGUCUAAAGCUCGUCGACGACAAUUCUCACUCGUCGCGAACCAAAUUGACUAAUUUGAAAAAUAAAAAUAAGCCGAGAAAGAUACGAAUUUUGGACUUGUACGAAUUGUUUCGUCCGUAUUUGUCCCAGCAGAAUGCUAACAAUAAGAAGUAUGAAGAACACGAGAUCUGCUCUCUUUGUUCAGGAUGUUCUUUGUGGACUCAAGAGGCGGAGGAAAUUCGAGACCAGAUUUCUAACUUGGAGGCUCGCCUUCGUGAUAAAGUGGAUUCGAUUAAGACCACAAUUUUGGACUCUGACGUAAAAACUGGUGGAAUUAUAGAGGACGGAGAAUUUGACAGAAUUUUAUCGAUUAGAAAUUCCUUCUUGGACGGGAAGCAAUCCAACAAUGUUCCGGUGGAGAAUUUUCUAGUUAAGGAGGAACGCGAAGAGAGUGACAAUGACUUCUUGGAUGAUGGCAGCCCGUUUUCUCCCCCAGCGGAUCACCAACAUAAAGUAGAACAAGCGAACUCUUCUGAUCCAGAGUCCAGUUUUUGUAUUAUGCCAGAUCUUAUUCUCACAAGGGUUCGUGUCCCAAAAAGAGAAUCUCCUCCUGCUUCUCCACCUUCGUCGCCAGACAGCUCGUCAAGAUAUAGAACUUCCGUUCUCAGGAAAACUAGUACAAGAUUAGAAUACAAACCACCACCUCGUCGUCGCUCGGCGCGAUCCACAAAAUCUACGCAAAAUCUGAAGGACUUUUUCGAAGAUAAGGAAGACUCUGAUGACGACGAGGACCUUAAAUAUACAGUACGAGCCCCUGCACGACCCCCAAUACGAGGCAAGAAACGAAAACCACUCGUCAAUAAUAAAGAUACCGCCAACAAAGAAGAACUUGACACAAAUAAAGACGACGACUCUGAUCCAGAUUGUGCAAAUACACGAAGCGGUCGUCGUCUAAAGCGGUCUGCAAAGUCUAAAAUGUCGAAAGACGUGAAGGAAUUCUUCGAGACGAAGGAAUCCUCGGAUGACGACGAACCCGACGAUGUUGAUAAAGAUUUUCGCAACUUUGCCUCCAAGAAUACGAGAAAUAUUCGCACCCCGUGGAAAUGCACAAUAUGUAACUUCUUUUGGUCCUCGGAGGAGACCCUCAACAACCAUUUGUCGCGUAAGAAACCGUGUCCUCUCUGUCCCUUUUUCUACUGCUCCACCGCUGUUCAAAACGCCCAUGCGAAAGAAGCCCAUGAUACGUCGAGGCCAUAUAAUUGUCCGUAUUGUGAAAAGGCAUGCUUUCGAAGACAAAACGCCCUCGAUUCACACUUGUACAUGAAACACGAAACUGGUGAGAAGAUCUACCAGUGUCCCCAGUGCGAGAAAAAGUUCAGCCUAGAGUACAACUACCAGCGGCACGUCAAACUUCACAAGGUCGAGGAGACAAGACCAUUUCUUUGUGAGGUGUGCGAUUCUCGAUUCUCCACCCUCGAGAUUUUCGACAAACAUAAAAAAACUCAUGUAGAUUCGCACCACUGUGAUGUGUGUGACUACAAGUGCAUUUCGCGAGCAGGAUUAAUUAGACACAAACGCCUCCACACCGGUGAGCGACCAUACAAAUGCCCCCACUGUCGGGAAGCCUUCAUCGAUGCGGCCACCAGACAAGGACACAUUUUCCGCGUGCAUGAGACCCGACCGUUACUUCAAUGUCAUAUCUGCCCAAAACUUGUCGCUACACCGGCCUCGCUUAAGGCACAUUUAGAUCGACACGCAGGCAAAGUACAUGUUAAAAAGGACGUUCCUUGUACAUCAUGUGACGCCAAGUUCAAAACAAUCUACACCAUGAAGGCCCACCGGGUCAAGGAGCAUGGAGACGUACCCUUAAUUUGUGACGAGUGUGGGGGCACCUACCCUUCCAUGCACGCGUUGAAAAAUCAUCAACGCUCCCACGGAGAAAAACUGUUCAAAUGUGAUAUUUGCGAUACAGCGUUCAUCUCAAAGUCUGCUCUCGCUAGUCACGCCUUCACCCACACGGACCUACGCAAAUAUGCUUGCCCCACCUGUGGAAACAGGUACCGAAAAAGAGGUACUCUCUCUAUCCACAUGAUCAGGAUUCAUAACACGGACUACGAGAAGGAGACCCCGAACAAAUGUGGAACCUGUGGGAAGUGCUUCCCCACCAAGGCUUUGUUGCGUUGGCACAUCCGUCAACUUCAUACUGGAGACGGACCCAAGUACACGUGCACACAUUGUGGAGCUGGGUAUGCAGACAGCACGAUGCUUACGUGGCAUAUAAGAGGUCACCACCGCAUUAUGGUGGGUGGUUUGAGGAAGCACAGCAAGACGUGGAAGGUCAGCAAACCUAAAAAGAAGACGGAUUUAGGACCAUCAUCUGCUAGUGUGGGUGGAGGUGGGACUGAUAAUAAUUUAAUGGGAUCCGUGAUAGUGGACGGAUUGGCAGUCUGGGGAGUCGAUAUCAAUAUGUUUGGUUAGUAUUUUCUUUAAUUGUAAGUACUGCCUCGGUGAAAUCAAUUUACUUUGUAAGUAAAAGUGAGGAGAAAUUUUUAUAGAUGAGAUUAUUCGAACUUUAAUCUAUCUGUUUGGUGUAAAAUGGUAAAGUAGUUGUAUUUAAAAGUUUUAAAUUAAAAUAGAGCAAAAUAAUUUACCUACAUAUUUCUUAAUGUCCCUAACAUUGUUGACAUGGAUGUAUCGUUGUUACUAUAAGUUUAACGUUAAUAGUCUGGAUGAUCCUCUACCUUGUAAUUAGAAUGACUUUGUUUUACGCUAUGCUUUUGUUAUCCGGCGUUUAAAAUUCCAUAUUAAAUAAGUUUACGUCCAAAAACAUUAAU